UGCCUUCAUUAGCACAGCUAGCUUGACGCAGCGGCGGAGAACCAAACGGAGGCAGAGCGGAUCAAUUCGGAGCCACGGCGGUUGAUCGGGAUUAUGCGGCGACACUGAUUGCUAUACCGGCUGAACACACUGUCUCCUCAUCGUGUCCACCAGCUGUGACGUCGCCUCAGUCUCCAGUUGUUAGUCUGUACCCGGCCUGUAUGCAGCCUGUCCAGGGCCCGGCCUAAUUCCUGGUGCUCCUUCAUUGCCACCACCUCCUCCCUCCUUUCCCUACCCUCCUCCCCCCCCCACCCCCUCUGCCCCCUCCCUCCAUCCUCACCUCACUCUCCCACGCGCACGUUGCCUGGUGUCACACAGACCAACUCCCAGCUUUUAGCUUGGACCGGCGGCCUGGCUGGCUGCCCCCCUUACAGGUGGAUGAAUGAAGACCCCAUUCAAGAGCCCAGCGGCCCCGCGGCCCCCCCGAGCAGACGGGGGACAUUCAGGCGUUUCUGCAAACAUGAUGAAGAAGAAGAACUCGCACAAGAAACAGAGGACCAGUGUUGGUCCCAGUAAGACUUUGGCUCAGCCCAGAAGGAACAUAGUGGGCUGCAGGAUCCAGCACAUCUGGAAGGAGGGCAGUAAGUCGUCCCAGUGGAAGGGGACGGUCCUGGACCAGGUCCCUGUCAACCCCUCCCUCUACCUGAUCAAAUACGACGGCUUCGACUGUAUCUAUGGCCUGGAACUGUACAGUGAUGAGAGGGUGGUGGGGCUGGAGGUCCUGCCCGACAGAGUGGCUCCGGCCCGUGUGAGCGACUCACUGCUGGCAGAGACGAUGAUCGGCAAAGCGGUGGAGCACAUGUUUGAGACGGAGGACGGGCCGAAGGAGGAGUGGAGGGGGAUGGUGCUGGCUCGAGCUCCCAUCAUGACCGCCUGGUUCUACAUCACCUACGAGAAAGACCCGGUCCUCUACAUGUACCAGCUGCUGGACGACUACAAGGAGGGAGACCUGCGCAUCAUGCCCGACUCCAGUGAGUGGCAGCUGACUGGAACUGGUUCUACUGGGCACCAGUGUUCAGCACCUCCAGCAACUCAUUUAGACGACAGCGUGGCGACGGAGAGGGAACCCGGCGAAGUGGUCGACAGUCUGGUGGGCAAACAGGUGGAGUACGCCAAAGAGGACGGCGGGAAGAGGUCGGGUAUGGUCAUUCACCAAGUGGAGGCCAAGCCCUCCGUCUACUUCAUAAAGUUUGACGACGACUUCCACAUCUACGUGUACGACCUGGUCAAGACCUCCUAAAACCAGAAAAGCCGGUCCAGGAUCGGGACCCACAAAAAGACUUACUGAGACCUGCCUAGACCCACUGUAUAAAACACCCACCACGACCCCCCCCCCCCCGUGAAGAAAGACUACAGAGAGGGUUUAAAACAUCCACGGUCUACAGAGACGCCUGAGACAGAUGAUAUCACUCUUUACUCUUUCUUUUAUGAAACGCCUUAAACACAAGAAAAAUACUUGGUUAUGGAAGCCCCCUUACCAAGACAGGGAAACUACAACCAGCUCCAAGUCUUCACGUGGAUCCGAUUAUCUAUCAUUCAUCAUUAGUGUUUCUUUAGACCCUGUUGGGAAGCUUCAUCUGACACAAAUCUGCUUCAACCCAAAUAAGAUCUCGAGUGAUUUGUAAUAGUAAAUUUGAUUAUUGAACAUUUGUGGCAAUGAUGAACAAAAACAAAUACAUCUGGAUCGGUUUGAAAUCUUGACUUCUACAAGCUGAGAUCUGCGAGGACCACAUCUUGAGAUCCUCCAGACAAAACGAAAACGUCUCCCGACUCAAAUAUCAUUCUCUCCAGAGUCAAAGCAGGUCUAAAACUAUUUAAGCAAACAGAAAGACACCCCCCCCCCCUUCUCCUGAAACCCUGUCAGACUGCUUGAGACCUCCGUCUCCCUCGAGGAGGGGGGGUGGACAGGUCUGAGUCUGCCGGGGUUAAUGAAGGGAUGGGACUUCAGGAAGACAGAAACCUGGAGAUGAAGUGAAAGAUGAACCAUUGUCUGUCUCCAUCUGUAUUUAUCGAAGGUGUACGUGGACUAUCCUGCAAUUAGAGGACACACGGGAGGAACUUGUGUCCAAUCACAGCAUUUUACUGACCCCGCCUCCCUGCAGGUCACCUGUUACCGAACAGAGUGGAAUAAAGUAUGAAGGACGCCGUGGAAAAACCAGAGGACACAGACUCUUUUCUUUUUCCAUUCUUUUAGCAUUUGUCUUUUCCCUGUUGCUGCUGACUCCUACAUUACCCAUAAUGACUUAAAGUUUUACAUUAAGACAGCCGGAGAGCCUCGGGUGUGUUGGUUCUGCUGCAUCAGUUAGCAUUAUUAGCUGUCCUCAUAAAACUGGUUAGCUGCUGCUCACAGGUAGCGCUCGUGCACGCCGCCCAGAUUCAAAUCCUCUUGUUGGUCACAUGAGAAGUUCAGUAUCAGUUAUUGAUACUGCAUGUCCAGGAUGUGUUUAUGGAAACACUACUUAAACCCCCUGAUUCAACAUUUAUGUAAACAUGUAAUAGCUAGUUCAUAGCACACUACUAUAAAGUGGAUAAAAGUGUUUAUUAAUGUUCAGUAUUUGUCAACAAUUGUAACUUCUACUAUGAAGACAAGAAUUCUACAUGAUGGAUUAUAUUUUUUAACUAAUACAUUAAUAAACACUUAUCAGUUUACAACUGCAUUAUAGAGUGUUAUGAAGCAUUUAUUACAUGUUUAUAUACAGCUUUUAAGAUGUUUGUGUUUAUCUUGGAUGAAAAUACUGGACGCAUUUCCCAAAAUGUCGAAUGGCUUCGCUUGGACAUCUGAUGCAGUAUUGGUCCGUUCUAAUCAGUCAGAGUGUAAGGGGGAACUGUAGCAGUGGCCAUGCCCCGCCCCCUGUCUGAGGCUCCGUCUUCUGAUUGGCUGGAUUCGAGCACAGAUGUGGUUUGUUAUGGACCAAACCGAUCCAGUGUUCAUCUGUUUAAAGUUGAUUUGUAUGUUUUUAUAAAAAAUAUUUCCCCUUCUUAUCUCUUCUUCUGCUUUCAUAUUGACACCCUGUAUAGUUUCUCCUUCAUUGUUUAUAUGUUUAUAUGAGCCGGCACAUACGGAUCGCCUUGUUUUCUCUGUAUAUGAUCUGUUCUUUGGUUGUAUGUCCCCUGUCUUCUGUUCUGUGUGCACUGUAUAAUACCCAGUUAGCUGUAGGAAGCUCGUGGCUGAAAUUCACAUUUCAACCAAAAUGACUGAAGAUUUUAUCCCUACUGCACUCCACUGAGUCUGGUUGAUGUGUAGGAUUAUUUUUUCUUUAACUCUUUGCUGAGUGAAAAAGCUUUCCUUUCCUUUAUGGAGUCUGGAUUGGGGCUCUCCUCCCAUGCAAUCAUUUCCCAGCUCCCUCUAUAAGCGCUCCUCGUUUUCUUUUCUUUUUCAAUAGUUUGAACUCAGUCAGGGGGUGAUGGAAGAUACUCUAUCUCCCACAAUCCUUUGUUCUUACCUGAUGUAGCUAUCCCUGCCACAGACAUCAGUCUACCAGUGACAUUAGCAUUAAGCAGCCAUGUUGCCUGAUCCAUGUCUCGUGUGCCUGAAGGGACUCGAACAUCUGAAACUAACUGUUUUAAAGAACAUGGGGUUCACAACAUUUCGUUCUGUUGUGAAGAUCAUUUGUUCUAAUUCAAGAACCUAGAACCUGCAUUACUGUUCUAGAAUCUGUCGUUUGAUAUUGUGCAAUGCAUUCCAUCGUUCGUCCGGAAUGUCAAAGUUCUUUCUGUGUAGUCUUUGAUAACAUAAAUACUCACACACUCUGACUCUAGAACACGCCCGGUUAGGGAUGAAUUCUCAAUCUGGAGAACUCUUGUUCUGACUCGGGAAUCUGCAAUUUUAUCAUAAUUUUGUCGUUUGAUUCUUUGGAACAUGUCCCAUCACAAUGUGUGCAACAUGUUGAGAACCCUCCCAUUCUGACAGAAAGAAAUGUUUAAGAAUGCACACGUUUUUUUUCUUCAAUUGACUGCAUCACAUUCUAGAACAUGGAGACCCACACACGUUCUGAUUCUAGAACAUGGAGAAAGAAAAGAAGUAUAAUUUCCCUAAAAUACUUAGCUACAAAUUCUAGAACACAGAGACUAAAACAUUCUAGAACGUGCACUUUCAUGCCGGAGCCCACCCGUUCUGAUUCUAGAACAGAGAAACGAGAACAUUCUAGAACUCACAUUUUUAAUGUCGCGACCCACGCGUUCAGAUUCUACAACACAGAGACUGCAACAUUCUAUAACCCAUGCAUUCUGAUUCAAAUCUUGUUUCUCCAUUGGAAAAUCUAUUCAGAACAUCCGCUCCCUGAGAGGACAAAAGUGAUUUAUUUAACUACAUAACAAACAUGUUGAGUUGUCAAAGCCGUUCUCUGAAAUCAGUGAGGAACAAGUGACGGAACAAAUAUUUACAGUUCAAACAGUCAGAGAGCAGACGAUGUUGUGUCUUUGUUUCAGGUAGAAAUGUUUGUUUGAUCUCCUCGCCUGGUCUGCCCUGCUUCUGUCUCUGGUUCUCUCUAAAUCUUUAACCGGUCACCAAGGACGCAUCCAGAAGCUGAUGGACUGUUUGUCUCUCAGUCCCUUUCAGAGCAAGCAGCGGGUGUCCUUUAAAGUAGUCUCUGCUGCCGUUUUUAACCGUUAGUUAACCUGGAUGGAUACCCACAAUCACCUCAAUGAACCAGGUGAUGUUUAGACCGUAUUUAGACUCCUGGAGUGGGGGGGGGAGGGGGGGGCAAAGACCAGUGUCUGGGUGGAUCUGCAGCCUCCGUGAUGUGGACAUCAGUAGUCUGUUCAGGAGCCGACACGCCGUUCGUAUUUUACAGAAAAACAUUGAUCUGUAGUGUGAGUGUGUGUGUGUGUGUGUGUGUGUGUGUGCUGUGUGUGUGUGUGUGCUGUGGAUCAGCCCCUGUUCAGAGCAGUGUUGUUUUUGCAUGCUUGUAUAGCUCGGUGUAAAUCGAUGUGAGUUGCAUGUUCGUGUAGUUUUCAGUUCUUCGGCUGACUUCUGUCUGUUGUGGCUUUUUUGGGUGCCUUUCGUUUUGAUUUCUCUGUUUUUCUUUCCCCGUUUCAUUUUGUACUAUGUGUCCCAGAGGCUGCUGCUGUUUUUGGGGUUAUUGAGCAUAAAAUAGAAAAAUGAAAACAAAGAAAAUCCUCCUUCAAACAGAGCUGACAACAGUUUAUUAUCAUGAGGUGAUGACAGGUGUGAAUUCUGCUUCUGGGUGGAUUGUCCCUUUAAAGAGUGCCAACUACAGAUGCCAGUGUUGUACAGCAGUGAAAAGCUCACACUAUUUACUAAAAUAAACCAUUUCUCUGUUUUUUCAUU